GGUGUCUGAUUUGGUUGCGCGCCAUGUUGUUUUAGAUUAGUGGCAGGGGCAGAAGUUGGAGAAGCAUCUGUCGAUAAUUUUACACCUAAAUCUCAGUGAAAUUAUCCGGGAACCAGGCGUUUGCACCUCUUCAGACGCGCCUGAACAAAAAUGACUUCGACGCCAAACAGUACAGUCGAGGCUUCGACUACCUCCUCUUCACCUUCCUCGUGCAUGGCCUCAAACAACAACGCCCCCAAGUAUGGCACCAGGAUCCCGAACCGCGUUUUCGUGGGCGGCCUGUCCGGCGAGACGACAGAGGCGGAGAUGAAGGAGCUCUUCUCGAGCUACGGUGAAGUCACCUCCAUCAAGAUCAUUCAGGACAGGGCCGGCGUGUCCAAGGGUUACGGGUUCGUCACCUUCGAGAACGAGGAGCAGGCGCGCAACCUGCUCAGGCAUACAGAGGUCUACCUCAAGUCGAGGAAGCUGAACAUCGCCCCAGCCAUAAAGAAAUUUGAUGUCAACAUGACGUUCCAAACACCCUUCCCCCGCACUUUUGACACAGCCUCGCCGAGCAUCCCGAACGGCUCCGUCUACUUCACCCCUACCGGCUACCCCUUCACCUUCCAAAGCAACGGCGUAAGCUACUACAACCCGGCCGCGAUGGCCCUUGCACAGCAGCAGCAGCAGCAGCUCGAUGCGUACAACGCCGCGGCGGCGGCCACCUUCGUCCAGCAGCAGCAACAGCAGCAGCAGCAGCAACAACAACAGCAGCAGCAGCAGCAGUCGCAGCAGGCGGCCGCGCCCAACGCUAGUGCGGCGGCCACGGCCGCGGCGCAAGCGGCGCAGGCCUCAUUCUACAACUACAUGUACCCCGCCGCCGCCCAGGCGGUCUACGCGCCACAGCAGUACUACCAAAACGUGCCGCCCCAAGCACCACAGGCCGUCCUGUGCACAGAAAACUCCUCCACUUCCGCUCUGCUCUUGCACCCUCCUCUGGUAACACUAGACUCUGUGGCUCCUGCCACCACCGAAACACCCACCUCCCAUCAUCACCUCUCCUCUCCGCUCCAGCAGACCCAGUCGCCCCAGCAGACGCAGUCGAUGGCUCCAAUCUACGCCUACCCGGCGGCAACGGCCUACAACAUGCCCUUCGCUCUCGUGUCGCUCGCGGCCAACGGAGUCGAUCCUCUCGCCUACCACGAUUACGGCCUAGCGCAAGACUUCUCUGCAGACAAUCAUAUGUGUGUCGCCAAAGAGAAUCAGCUCUCCUGCGAUGGAGACAUGCCUCAAUACUUGCCGAUGAUCGACACCAUGGCCUCGCAGGCGCCCAUCAUGCUGCCCCUCGGCGCCGAGCUACAAUCAGGUGCCACCUAUUCGCCGCUGUGCACGGUGAUGCCGCCGUGGAGCCCUGCAACGCCGCCACCCAACUACCCGUCGAGGGCGACGACCCCGUCGUCGACCUGCGGUAGUGUCAAGAAGCAUCACACCUACGAGCGCAGCAACGGUAACGGCUACCGCGGCAACAGCAAGGUGGCUCGCAGGGGCGGAGGUGGCGGUGGCUACCGGGGCAGGGGCCGAGUGGGUCCGGCGGGUGACUCUGCGGCCAGGAACACCAUAAACAACAACAGCCGCGAUGUGCCGUCGCGGAUGAACGGCGUGCCGCGCCACCAACACAAGUCUGAGCUGUACACGCCGGGCGCCGAGCCGGCCCCGAUAGAGGCCGAGUCCAAGGCCAAAGACGCUGCCGAGGACAAGCCUGCUCAGGUGGCUGCGAUGAUGCAGUCGCUCGAGAUAUCCCACUAGCCCGGGACACACACACACACGCAGAGAUAAAGAUUAGAUGGAGUAACUAAGAGAAUAUGGCUGGCUGCUCAGUCUGAUGACAAGUUUAAGUACUUAAGUUGAUCUCGUUGAUUGUUAACUCGACCCCAAGACCCCACUACACACUACUAUUACUACUGUUGGCAGUCUUGUUUCCAUUACAGCUAUUUGAGAAUGUACUUAACUGUUCAGUGGAUGCGAAGGAAAUUGUCGCAUAACGUGCGCGCGCGGUUUAUCAUCGGUUAUUACUAUAUAUACAUGCUAUGAAUUCAUCAAUGAUUUGUACUUAUUUGUUGUCUCAUUGUAAUGAUUUUAAAGCAACAAGUUGUGUGUUAGCCAAAUGUGUUAGAAGAACUGACCCCCCUGCCAUACUGUGUAUGUUAAAUCAAUGCAUUCACCGAUUUCAUGACUCCAUUCGAUGAAUUUGCUGAAUCAUGGUUGUGCGAACGUUUGAUUAUGUCGUAAAUUAUUCUUAUUUUACCUUUGUUGGGCCAGUUGUGAUAGAAAAAGACAAAACUCAAACGAUGAUGCGGCAGUCGGCCGACCGGCAGAGAGGGCACUAAACAAGAGCAGUUCUGACAGGCAGUUUUGUCGCUUGCCACCCACCUCUGAGCUUUUUUUAUGUAAUGAUGUGUUCAGACCGAAAUAGGGACCAUUUGUUGGUAACAACAUCUCUUCAAUCGUGUGCUCCAGCCCUCCGCGCGACCGAUUGAUGCACACUAUACUCUCCUCAGACACAAUCCUGAUUUCACCUGAGAACUGGCCCACACUCUUGUUGUAACUCGCAAAUCCAUUAUUAUUAUUAUUACUACUACUAUGAUAAUUGCUCUUGUGAAUUGGUUAGAUUAUGUAAAUGUUACCUCUUUUUUAAAAAAAGAAAAUUAUAAAAUGGGAUAUUAGUUGAUACGUCUUGUGUCGCAUGUAAACAAAGUGGGAUAUUUUGAUUUAGUCUAAAUGGAUGUGGUUCUAAACCAAACGGAGGGAUGAAAUUCCAAAUUGCCUUGUGAUUAGUCUUUUUUGUUAUUGCAUAUGUUUGGUCUUAUUUAUGUGAAACGCUGUGGCAUUGAAAUGAGAAUGGGUAAAAUUCUAAAAACGAUGUUUAUAUUCACACCCUAGGAUGCGACUAUUGACUCAGGUUUAUUGUUUAAAACAACAUACAUUUAUCUACACAUAAUCUAGUUGUUGCUCUUUAUUUAAUGUUGUAAUUAUUGUAAUUUAUUGAAAGGCGCCUCAUACUCAUUGGUCACUCAUCUCGUAAUCGCUCGUUGAAACCAACUGAACCUGUCUGUCCAAUAUAGUAUAUUUGUUGUGUGUGUGCGCGCCCGUGCCGUGCAUGCACGCGAUUUCAGUUGAGAAAUGUCAAUCCCUAGUCUCCAGCUUUUUUAUACUGCUGCCUCUUUUUUUUACAAUCUUCGGGUUCAGAAAAACAAAACACAAAAAGGUCGCCCCCCACUCCCUCAGUGCAGUUAUUCAGUCUGAAAAGGCUACGAACAAAUUCAAAAGAAAACUUCCUCUUGAUUAAAAGUUGAACUCACACAAUUUACGUAUUUGUCAUCAGCUGAAUGCGUUUCCAUCGAGACUUGUUUGAUUCUUGUUUAAUUAAUGAAGGUUGUGAUUUUAUCGUAUAUAAUGUAAUUUUCAUAUAUGAAUAAGAGCUGAUGGUAAAAAUGUUGAGGAAAAUGGAAAAAUAUUUUAACGUGUGCCUUACUGAAGAAAACUAAAAAAUAAUACACUUCACUUAUUGCUCAUGGCAGAACCUUUUGAGUAAAGACAGUUUUAAAAGUAAAAAAAUUACACAUCGCAACGUGAAGAGAGAGUAAGAAAAGCAAUUGAUGUGGCAUUGUCUCAACAAGAGCCGCACACUUUCAUUUCUCCUGUAUCAUUUAGUUGAUAAGUUCAUCAUCAUUUGUGUAACGCCAUCUAAAGUAAUACAUUAUAGGGCACGACCGAAAUCUGCGCCCCCGUAGCAAAAGUAAAGAUCGCUGUGUAAACGAUUAUGAGCAUGUGUGUACCAAUCCAACGAGGCGAGCAUUGUGAUCAAAUGUGGUAUAAAAAAAGCUAAAUUGUGAGCACUCACCUCGAACCCUACAGGAAAAUUUGAUGUAGACCUUUGUCAGUGCAGAUUGGCGAUUUGCCUGGCGAACGUGUGUGUGAAAAGGCGGAUGUAAAAAUGAUAAAACACGAUGUAAGUUAAGCAUGUCUACGAGUAAGGAAAAUAUAUUAUAUCACUUAGCCGCUAAGGAUAUAUAUUAUACAAAGGUUAUGUAGUUGUAGAUGACCUGUUAAGAUGAUAAGUGAAAGAAGUAUAUUAUAGUAUAAAAAGCAUAAUUAUUAUUUAAGAGAUAUACACAGACAGACACUCUAAACGUAGCUACUGCAGGAUUUAAAGUAAUAUGAAAGCGAAAAUCACAUAAAAUCACACUCAAUGCUAUCAAACGGGAUAUGACAUAUUGAAUUCGUUGGAAUUCAGCUUAAAAAUAGCGAAUAUUUAACAACAAGCAAUGUCAAAAGACUGCAACCGUAAACGGACACGAAAUGAUGACUAAACUCGAAAAAAAUAUUUACAUACUGCUGAAUGGAAAGAACGAAUCAAUUAAAAGCAAAAACUGUAUUCAAGGGUAUGAUUCUCUCAAAAUGCAAAGACUUGAAGCGCUGUUUACGUUUUUCGUCUCUCUGUUUUUUUGCUAUCGAUUUCCUUUGGCGUCGAAAAACAUACCGUUUUGUCCCUGUAAAAAGGCACAAAGUCCACGAAUGUGCUGGAAGAUUGAAACUCUGGUAUAGUCUAUGCGUUUUCGGUUAAUCCUUCUCGGUGCGCGUGCGUUAGAAAAACAAACACAAAAAAUGGCAAUACACAAACACUCGUCGGUAUUAUAUUAAUUGUACCCUUGGCUUGGUCUUUUUGUCAAUUUUUCUCCAGCACUACUGCAAUAAUAUUAAUCACAUUCAUAUCAGACGAUUUUAACUUCUUGCAGUGAAAUAUGAUGAUAAAAUAAUAACAAAUCGGUUCAACACGAGAAGCUAUGAUGAAGCUGUAUUUUCAGUGAGCUCAAUAUAGAGACGUACAUUUUACAAACAUGAAAGUGGUUGUGUCCGUACUGCUGUACUUUGUCCCCCUAAAGAAACUGCUGCUGAACUAACUACUGUAAAGAGACACGAACCAAGGAAAAACUGCUGUUCUAUUACCAGUUCUGUAAUAAGCAUUGGCCUAAUAUAUAUUUAACUGAGUAAAUUAAUUGCGUAAUAAGAAAGCGAGAAUUAGCUCGAGCGCGGCGCUGUUCCCUCGGCCGUCGGCGUCGCGGCCGCGGAAAAGCAAGCAAGUUCACAAAGAUUCAUUUUAAGCCUAUAUAUACACUCACACACACAUAAACUAUAUUUAAAAUAACACACAACACAAACACACACACACACUUCACUUAACUAUAUACACGUAUAAAACAAAAACUAUUACUAUUCUAGGAUUAAAACAUAAAUUUAAAAGAGUUGUAGGCGGUCGAAGCGGCAGCCCGAGGACACCGUGGUCAAAUUGGUUAUUAUAUUUUCUCGCGAAAUUGUUGAUUAUUAAUGUUGUGAGAGCGUCGGAAACGUUAUUGCAACGGUGUCCGAGGGCGCCUCUUUUCGACUCGAAAUUGGCUGCAGACUUUAAGAGGAAUAAACAUGCUGGGAACCGAACGGCUUUGCCGAUGGACACAGCUUAAAAUUAACGAAUUAAUUGUGAACGAGUCAUCUGCGAGUUGAACAACCCAUUCCAGCAGAGUGUAAUAAUGAUCAUUGUGAUUGACGCGUGUCGCAUUGGGGCAAAGAAGUCGCGUUCCCAGCUCGGAUAUUAACUAAAAGGAAAAGCUAGAACAAUUAAUUGAUGAUGCAUAGAGUAGAUUUUAGGCCACUGUCGUCACGCGCGCGAGUGCGGAAACUUAGAAAACCGGUAGCGGAGCAGUUUAGCUAAAGCAAAGUAAAACUAUCCACUCUAGAUAUCGAGAUACAGAGAUGUUGUAAGCGUAAAAAUACAAUUUUGUGUUCAUAAUGAAAAAGAGGAAACGGGGGAGUAAGGCGUGCUGGGCGCGAAUAUACACGGCCCCGGCACCCGUCGCUGACGAGAUUCUGUGAACAAAAAACAAUUAUUGCGAAACAAAAUCGCCUACGCAGCUAGGUAGACAUGAAAUGUGUAUUAAAACAGUUCAGUGCCUCUGAUAUCAUUUACUGAUGUGCCAAUUUUAAUUGCAAAGUUGAAAAGAGAACGACAAGAGAGAUGUCUACUGACGAUUUAAAAAAAGCAAAUAUAUUUCAGACACAAAGAAUAAGGCCCGUGGAUAUAUACAAAGCGCUGAUUUUGAUGUUUGCAACGCGGAAUACAUGAAUUAUUGAUUGCUGAUUAAUUAAGACGAAGCAAAUGUGCGUAACUGAAUAUCGUGAGGUUGAGAAGCUAAUUGAACGAACUCGCGGAGACGCAAACGCAUUCAAGGAAAUAGAAACAAAAACUUUUCGCCACGUACUGUUGUUUGUUGUUGGACAGGCGCGUACAACUGAGAAACGUUGCACGAUUAUUUUAAAUCGAUCCGAUUGAAAAUAAUUACUAUUAUGAUGUACACACAUAUUGAUGACUUAAGAACCGACGUACAAUAUGUUAAAUAAAAUGAUUAUGGAUACAAUACAAGCAAAUAAACAUUUUCACUUAAAUACAACAA